CGACCGCGACCGCGAAACGGAAGCAGAAGUGACGGCAAGUUCGUCGUCGCCCAACCAGUCCUCGUCCUUUGGUCCCGGCCUGCGGCGCAACUCCAUAUCCAUGCCGUCGGGCAUUAAUGCCCUGGACCUGGAGGCCCUGCGCAUGCGUCAUCAGAUGCAGGCCCAAGAUGCCCUGCACGAGGAGAGCAUAGCCGAUGAUGCGACUUCCAGCCUGGGAACGCCGGCCACAACGCCAGGCACCACCGCGCUGAAUACGCCGGAUAAGGGCAUGGGCGCAGCAGCGACCAUUAAUUUCGCUGCAACCACCAACGAUGAUGACAGCGACGAUGAGUAUGGGAAUGCCAAGAAACGGGUUUAUCGCGAUCGCUUUCGCAAUCGGAGACGUGCCUCGAUCGCCCCGCUGCCGGCCCUGCGACUCAACAGCAAAGAGAUGUUGGCCAGCGAUUUCGAUACCCACAGCCUGGCCAGCAACCAGGCCUCGAUAACGAGCGUCAACUCUCUCGCCAGCUUGCUGCGCGAGAAGAUGCAGGCCUUUCCCCAGCUAAUACGCAAGAAGAAACGGGAGACUAAGGACUACAAGAUCAAGAUAUUCGUCAUCAUAAUGUUCUUCAUCAUUAUAUUCCUGAUUGGCUAUGCGUACAUUGCGUACCACCAGCAGGUGCUGACGAAGAGCUACUUUGAGAAGAUCAAAUUCAAUUCGGUGGACCGCAUAUUCCGUAUACUGAACCACGACGACAAGGAGGUGAUAUCGGGGCAGCUGGGCGUGACCCUGGGCAGCGAUUCGGCGCCGUUCCACUGUCUGGAGGAGCAACGGCGCUCGGACGGCAGUGUCUGUAUCGAGUGGAACGGGGUGGCGCGCCUCCACAUGAACUUCGAGGACAAGGGCGUCUUUCGGUGCUACACGCUGCAGUGGCAGGCGUUGACGGCCGGCCUCCUGCCCACCGACUGCUACGAGCUGAAGCGGGACAACGGCCUGUGGUUUGGCGGCGGCAUCACCAAGGGCCAGGAGUGGUCCCUCAGCUACGCCAACUUCGACUUCAUGCCCUAUGCCAGCGGGGACAGCAAGGUGCACCAGUUCGGGAACGGGGUGAAGCGCUACUUCAUCAACUCCAUCGGGGUGGCCAUGCAGGUGAGCGAGCGGACGCCGCUGCAGCUGGGCAUCAACCGGACGGAGAACCAGUUCUGCCUGCGGGCGGCCAACGAUGACUUCACGUUCGUCAAUCGGCUGACGGCGCUGCCGCAGCUGGACUACAAGAUCUGCACCACGGAGGAUAUGCGCAGCCUGCACAUGCUGAUGACGCAGCAGAGCCUGUGGGACGGGCUGAAGGAGCAGGACAUCCAGGUGCUGCACUCGCUGCUGGAGGAGCCCGUGUGGCGCAUACCCAACCAGGAUCUGCCCGACUCCCUCAACGAGACGGUCAUCUGCGACUACUCGGAGAGCGCCAUUGCCAUGGGCCUGGGCCACAUCGUGAUCAACGAGUUCUGGCAGGAGAAUAUCGGCGACUUUACCGUCGACCGUGCCCGCUUCCCCACGCUCAAGGACACCAUCGAUGUGCUGCAUCGGCGCGGCUUCAAGGUGGUCUUCACCAUCCAGCCGUUCAUCAGCACGGACAGCGUGAACUUCAAGGACGCGGUGCGCCGCAAGCUGCUCAUCUACGAGCGGCACUCGGAGCGCAGCAUCCCAGCGCUCACCCGCUACAAGAGCUGCUCCAGCGCCGGCGUGCUGGACAUCACCAACAACGCCUCGGUGCCGUGGCUGCUCGAGAAGCUGCAGCGCCUCAAGGAGGAGUAUGGCGUGAAGAGCUUCUACCUGGACCUGGGCACCGGCUACAACCUGCCGCACUACUAUCAGUGCCGCCAGCCGCUCGACAAUCCGGACAUGUACGGCCGCAUGCUGACCGCCAGCCUCGAGGGUGAGGGCCUAAUGGCCGUCUCCACGGCCAGCGUGGUGCCCAAGCCGCCCAUUUUCCUCAGCACUCCGCCGGCCAACGCCACCUGGGAGGGACUCCGCGAGACCCUGGCCGCUGUCCUCAACUACGGCGUCAUUGGCUAUCCGUUCGUUCUGCCCGGGGCCAUUGGCGGCGACUACCUGCUGGAGCGAUCCGUCACCAAAAUGGUGACGUUCUACUCGCUCGGCCAACCGCCGCUGCCCGAUCCGGAGCUCUUCAUCCGCUGGCUGCAGCUGGCCACCUUCCUGCCGGCCAUGCAGUUCAGCCAUUUGCCCAGCGAGUACCGCAGCGACCUGGUCACACGCGUCGCCCAGGAGAUGAAGGAGGUGCGCCAGACGGUGGUGAUUGCGCUGCUCAAGAAGUAUCUCAGCCCGUCGAUGAACGAAGGCCUGCCCCUGGUGCGACCGCUCUGGAUGAUGGACCCCCACGAUCCCGCCUGUCUCAUUGUCAGCGAUGAGUUCUCCGUGGGCGAGGAGUUGAUUGUGGCACCCAUCCUAGACGCGGGUCGGGAAGAGCGCGAGGUGUACCUGCCGCAGGGCGUGUGGAAGGAUGGCAUCGAUGGAUCGCUGCGCAAGGGCAGCCGCUGGAUGCACGGCUAUCGAGUGCCCAAGGACAAGAUCGCCUACUUCCGCAAGAUGCCGGACAACACGCGCUUCUAAUCGUAAUCGCUAUCCCUUCUCCAUGUGAUAUGAACCGAGACAGCUCUGGCUGGCACCUCCCCACCCCACACAUGUUUAUCGUUUAUCGGUCUGUGCAUAUCGAUAGCUCAUAUACGACGCAUCGUCUAUAGUUGACUAAGAAUUACUCCUAAAUUAUAUAUUUUAUUUCUUUUUUUUUUGUUUGUUUGUGUGUGCGUAUCAUAAGUUAAGUACAUCUGCAAUAUGUCCGAUGCCCGCGAUACCCAGGAACGCAAUCCAUCGAUAUUCGUAUCGUUGAUCGAAAGAGUCCAUCGAAGGGAGGGCGGGGGGACACACAUUAGUCGAUUCCUACCGACCAUCGAAAUGCUUACUCGCUAAAUAAAUAUGUUGUAUUUUUACGCGUGA